AUGCAGAGUCUCGGCAACUCGCACAAUAACCUACAAGAUGUUAAUGCCUAUACAUGUGAUAACUUUAUUACUAUACCAAAAGAAAAUCCCAAGCUUGAUCUAGGUUCAAUAUCCAUCAAUAUUGAUGGAAGUAAAAUAAUAAAACCAGCCCUUCCGGAGAGGGUUGAAAAGAUAAAGACAUUGCAACAUUUUGGCCUACCCGCAUGGCAAAAUGUAAGAUAUUCCAAGACUCUACAGUCUUUUGUAGCUACUCCGGGGUUUAAUCAACUGAGGGUAAAUUAUGAAUUAUGCAAUUUGAGCAAAUCUAAAGAUUAUUUAUCGGGUACUGAAAGUUUAAUGGCAGCAUUGUCAAAUGCUGUUUUUGAAAGCAAUGAGUUACUCCGAGCAGGUUUACAGUUAGUAGUGGAUUGGACUGCGAAAUCCCCAGAGGAAUUAAAUGCACCAGCACUUGUGCAAAAAAAAGCUCUGCUAUUGGCAAAGGGACAGCCUUUGAUAAAAAUUCUGAAGAUAUCUUACAGGUUUUAUGUGGUAAAAGAGCUGAAUGCAUUGAAACUAGAAGAGAAAGAUUAA